AUGUUAGAAAACGAAAGUGGAAACAUAUUAGACAAUCUUCUGUCACGUAUGGAACAAUAUGCAAACAAUUUGGAAGCAUUGGUUGAAGAAAGAACGUCAGAUUAUCUGGAAGAGAAAAAAAAAUGCGAAGAACUUUUAUAUCAAUUACUUCCAAAGUCCGUUGCGAGUCAGUUGAUAAAAGGUCAAUCGGUCAUUGCGGAAACAUACGAUCAAGUCACCAUUUAUUUUAGUGACAUUGUCGGAUUCACGUCACUUUCUGCUGAGAGCACGCCCAUGCAGGUCGUGGAUUUGCUCAAUGAUCUCUAUACCUGUUUUGAUUCCAUUAUUGAAAAUUUCGACGUUUACAAGGUCGAAACUAUCGGUGACGCUUACAUGGUAGUCUCGGGUUUACCGGUACGAAAUGGAAAUUUACACGCAAGAGAAAUAGCAAGGAUGUCAUUGGCGUUGCUGGGUCAAGUUCAAGAUUUCAGAAUCAGGCAUCGUCCGACGACACAGCUUAAAUUAAGAAUAGGCAUGCAUACGGGACCCUGCGUCGCCGGAGUCGUCGGUUUAAAAAUGCCAAGAUAUUGUCUUUUCGGUGACACGGUAAACACAGCAUCGAGAAUGGAAUCCAAUGGCGAAGCGUUAAAAAUUCACGUGAGUCCUAAAACGAAAGAAGUUUUAGACACAUUUAAAACAUUCGAAUUGGAAUACAGAGGAAAAGUCGAAAUGAAGGGCAAAGGAGUCAUGCCGACAUAUUGGCUUUUGGGUGAAAAAAAAUUACAAAAAGAAGAAGAAGUAGAAGACUGUUUAACGGAUGAACCUCUCAUUCCAAUAUCAUCAUCGGAACCGAUGAUGACGUCGACAACGAUGACGUCAUCGUCAUCCCCCCUAUCAAACAAAUACGUUUCCUCUUCACCAACGACAAAUAAUAAAUUAGCAAAUAAUAAUAUAUCGAACCAAAUACAUAAUAAUAUAGAUAAUAAAAAUUGUAAUAUCAUUCCGAAUUCUAGUACGCCUUUACUAACGAACGCUUCGAGAGAUUCUUUAGUUUAA